AUGUGUGAUGCUGAAACGGAAGACGGUCAGUCAAAUGAAAUGGAGGUUUCGAUGUCUUGUACAGAGGCCGAUCGAAGCAGCAGCGACGGCCCUGCUGAACUUCAUAUAUAUAAUUUGCCCUCUUUUAUUGGCGUAAAACAGAUGAAGCUGUGUUUACGACGUUUCAGCGUUGUGCCUCGAAAAGUCAUCACUCUGAAGAACCAUGCGUACGUGACGUUCGCUAAAAAGAGUGAUGCCGAUUCUGCAGCCGCAAAGCUGAAAGACGCCCACUACAAAGGGCGUAAGUUGAAAGUGAAGCGGUCUUGCUUUGCCGAUGCUAGACCGGCGAAAAGGAUUAUUGAAAAUUCGUCUCCUAAGGACAUCAACGACGUGGUGACACCGUUGCAUGCUUACCCGUAUGAGAAACAGCUAAAACUGAAGUACGAUAAAUGCCUGGAGACUUUGAUCGUAAACAGCGUUCAAAUCGCAAAGGUCUGUGACGAAGCGCUGCCUAGAUGUCGUUACUAUGGCACGCUAUCAUCGAUCGUUGCUUCGCCGGUUAUCACUGGAUAUCGCAACAAAUGUGAGUUUACCGUUGGGUACAAAGACGGAAAGCCGGAAGUGGGCUUUCGUUUAUCCCGUUUCAAGUUCGGCUGUGAAGUUGAACCUCCGGACAGGUGCCUUCAUGUUUCGGACAUGAUGAAGGCGUUCGUGCGUGCGUUCAAGGCUUAUGUAUCCGCAUCUCCCUGGCCACCGUUCAGCAACGAGCAGCGCAACGGCGUGUGGCGUCAAAUUGCGGUGCGCAGUUUCUUGUCAGACUUUAUGGUCAUUGUCACCAUCAACCCAAAGGAACUGUCGCCUUCGGACAUCGACACAAUCAAGACCUCGUUGGUAGCAAACUUAUUCAGGAACCAGGCUCCAGAUUAUCGGUUGACGUCACUAUUUUUGCAAGAAAUAGAGAAUGCCUCUAGCGAUGCUCAGGCUUACGAACUCCUGGAUGGGUGUCCAUAUGCGUACGAGACCAUAGACAAGUUCCGUUUCCGGAUAUCGCCGACGUCAUUUUUCCAGACGAACAGUGCCGGCUGUGCGGUCUUGUACAAAACAGUUCUUGACAUCUGCUGUUCAUACGUACCCGAUCACAAUUCAGCGCUGCUGCUGGACAUUUGCUGUGGAACAGGAACCAUCGGCAUAUUUCUGGCCGAACACUUUGGCCGAGUGGUCGGUAUUGAACGCACUGAGGCUGCGGUCGAGGACGCGAUCGCUAAUGCUAAAGGCAAUCGCCUAUCGAACUGUCGUUUCGUAUGUGGCGAUGCCGAACAAGCGUUUGAGGACGUGAAACGUGGCAACGACCUCCAUCUCCUUGGAUCUCAGACUUGCGUCGGCGUGUUAGAUCCUCCGAGGGCCGGAUUGAGUGCCAAACUCAUCGCAUCGAUCCGCAGCUUCGAAAAUAUGCAGUACUUGGUGUAUAUUUCGUGCGACUUGCGCGCUGCGUUGCACAACCUUAUGGCCCUUUGUCGACGAUGCUCAAAGAGGUACUGCGGGAAGCCUUUUUUGUUGAAGAAGACCGUGCCGGUAGACAUGUUUCCUCAAACGACUCAUUGCGAAACCGUGAUGUUGUUCGAACACCAGCGCUGA